ACCGCGUGAGGACUGGUUCUGGAACACGAAGGGAUAAAAUGGCCGCCAUUACCUCAGAAGUGUAGUAUUGUAUUUAUCGUGGUUAUAGAGUCCAUGGAUUUGCCCCCGAGAACCAAUUACGUCGUUCAUGGUCUAAAACCUUCACGAAAUCCAUCAGUAAAAAUUGUGCGGGUAGUCGUUCUUGAAGGUGUUGAAUUGGCCAAGAAGGACAUUUUUGGGCUGAGUGAUCCUUACUGUAAAAUAAAACUGUUUAGGGGAGACAGGGAAUAUGGAGAAAUAGAUGCUGUUUGUACUGAAACUAUAAAAAAGAGUUUGCAUCCAGUCUGGAACCAAGAAUUUCUCUUUCGGGUGAACCCUAGAGACAACAGACUCUUGUUUGAAGUAUUUGAUGAAAAUAGAAUCACAAGAGAUGACUUUCUUGGUGAAGUGGAAUUACCUUUGCUUGGUUUACCAACUGAAGGUCCUUCUGUUCAAAUCAGACCAAGAGAUUACAGUGUGAGACCAAGAAGUAGUAAAUCAAGAGUAAAAGGCUAUCUAAAGUUGCAGUUGUCAUUUCUUGCAUCAGGGGACAGUCUCGUGCCACAAUCAGAAACUCCUGAAACAGCCACAGAUGCUACUACAGAUACUAACCUGAGACUGGUUGAAAACCAUUACCCAGUUCCUUCAUCAAAUGUAAUCAACUCAGUGCCUGACGCUGCCAACGCUGAGCUUCCAGUUCCUAGUGCUCCACCAUUAAGUGAUCACCCAUCACUUCCCUCCUUGUCUGAGCUAAUUCAGGUUGGUUUUACUAUUUUGUGUUUUGAAUGUAGCACUUUCCUUCCAAUAAGCACUAGCCUACAGAAAAGGCGUAUUUUUUUUGCAUAUUUUAGGAAAUCAGAGGCGAAAGCGAGGCAAGUGCAAAGUCCGAGUCGCACAUGAGAGGAAGAGUGUGAAAAAAAUAAUGCCUGUACGCGUACCAUUGUUCAAGCUGUUUCAGCAUUCAAAUAUGAAUGCAGCUAUCCAGUUGGUUACUUUACAUCACGUGAUCCUCGAAUGUUUUUCA